GUUGUACGGAUGUGUAACUUUGCAGCUUGCGUUCGGCCCAAAAGUAGUUUAAUCUCAUAAGAGGUCCUGUCCCAAAUCGCGGCUUUUUUUUUAAACCAAGUGCACUAGAUAGGGCGGUAUUGAAGCGUUCGCUCCGUAGACCGAGGGUACAAUAGUAGGGGAUAUGUUUGUAUUUGGGAUUAGGUCCGUUAAAGGGGUUGUACCGCAGAUAGGCGUAUUAAACUGACAGCUGCAAUAUAGCAGAUGAUUAUUAUUAUUAUUCAUCUAGUAUAAAUAGGUGGUUACAGACACAUUUAUGCAGCUAAAAGAGCAAACAGAUGUUUAUUUAAUGCCGUGUUAGCAGGCACAGACCAACAGGAUGCAGAGUGCCAGUCCUGGGAGUAGGGAUAUAGCGUAUUUCCCCUCCAUGUACUCCUCCUUUCCACACUUCACCGUUUCUGAUAUGAGCAUCUCAAAGGGACAAACCAAUGACUCUCUUCGCCUGCCGGGAAGCUCCACAAUCAACUCGAGCUGGGAGAGGAGAUGUCUGAGAAAGCACAGGAGAAGGACAGAGGACGAAGUCUGCAGUGCCAAAAGACCAAAGAUGAUGGACGAAGGAGAAUCCUGUCCUUUGGAGAACACGAGAUCCAGACCGGUCUCAGGGUGGAUGGGCAAGUGCACGACAGUUCAGCACUGCGCUACGGCCGUCCCGCCGUGCCCAAACCUCCAGUACAGUCAGAGCCCUUUACCUUCAUCAAGGGUGGAGACAGAAGGCUCCUGUAUGGAGGUGGAGGCGGCGCAGAGGAAGCUGCAGGAGAUCGAGAACAGAAUCACUCUGGAGGAUGACAGCGAUGAGGAUCUGGACAUAGAGCCGCCUCAGCGCAGACCUGUACUCGUGCUGUCAGACAGCCUGAGGGAGGGGCUACAGCGCGGCAUCGCCGACAUUCUCCCUCAUACAGUAGCACAAUCAGUGAGCCAUUCCUGUAUGGAGCUGGUGCUGUGGCGCCCCCCAGAGGACCCGAUCACUCAGCAGCUAAAGGACUCUCUCCAGAGACAGCAGCGUAAACAGCAGCCCCCGUGCAGACAGACCCCGACGCCCAUCCCCGUUCCUAAAGGGCCAGACGAACACACCUUCAGCUCACUCACCUGCCCGUCUGCAGCCUCCGGCUCCACAGAGGAGGACAUGGAGCUAUAGGCUCGAGCCUGCAAGCAUGAAACUGACUUUCUCCAUUGACCGGAGGAUUUUGCGGCGGGUGGGUGGGGUGGUGUGGGGUCCGGGGGGUUGUUUUCGUAUUGCAAUCCGAAGAUGAGAACGAGAGCUUUGGUGCCAUGUCUCGUAUCGCACACUGUAGGUAUCGAUUGUUUGCAGUUUCAGACAGUAUUUCGGUCACAAGAUUUGUAUCACACACCACUACUACGAUUUCCUCAACCACCACCACGCACGUCUCCAAACAUUACCGUAACGCAGAUACCACGUAAGUGUGAUGUAACGCGACAACACGGCUAUUCAUUUCCAGCUGCGACACCGAUCCAUCCUACAGGAUAUUUCUCAAUAUUUACGCUUCUGCUCGUCUUCACUAUCUCACCAGUUCUGAUCCGUUUAAAACAAUAAAAAAAAAGGCUCGAUUGUAGAACAGAUUCAUUACCUACAUAGCAGGAAAGCCGUAGAUAAUCUCUGCAGACUCUGCAUAUCAGUAGCACAUUAGAAUAAAUCUCGUAGCUCCUUAGUGUUCUUACUACCGGCUGAAUCGCUCUACGAUUUCCCGCACUAAUUCUUUAUCCAUCACACGUCACUUCAGGGGAAAUUUAAAGCAGUCUACCUGCGGCGUCCGUAGCAUGCGCAUGACAAGGAUUUCUGCUUUUUUUUUCUUUCUUUCUCACGAACAAACAAAGCGUUUCGAAUUAACACUCGCUUGUAAUAGAGGUGAGGUGUAAAGCAAUUUGCUGUCGUAGAGGAAGGAAUAAAACACGUAGAGCAAAUUACACUCGGUCAGAACGGAGUGACCGAAACAUCCUGAAAUGUUUUAUUCCUCUUAUACGACGCUGAUACUAUUACAGUGUUAUUACAAUUUAUUCAUGACUGACCGUGCUUCUUGUCCAUUUGUAGUUGCACAUCAUGUUGUGGAAAACGUUUUUGAGUUGUUCUCACAUAGGUUCCUUCACUAGCUUCUUCUUUCGCUCGCUCUCUCGCAAAAAACAAACUGACACUAGAGACUCCGUCCAUAAACUUUCCCCAGACAAGUCCCCGAGAACGAGCCGUUUCUAUAGUAGCUACAUGUAAUAUAAAAAUAACGAGCGCUUGUAGCUAUUUUUUUAUCGCGAUAUCAGUUUGCCGUGAUUUGCGACCACCGUCAGCGCCGACGUUACAGAAAAUCGAUCACUUUCUGACCAAUCAGAAGCAAGUAUUCAGCUUUCUUGAUAUUUUUGUAUAUACUCUACGCCAUCAGAGCCACACGCGUACACCGUCACCCCUGUGGAAAUGUCAUCCUGUGUCUGAAACUGUAAUUUAAACCCAUUUAAAACUUCAUAUUAAAGAUGAGUUUGUUCGAGUUUAUAUUUAAACUUCAUGUUGUUUUCUGUUCUUUACAGAAUAGAAAGAAAAUUGCCAAAAAUUUUGUCUUUCAGAGGAUAAAAACGCUUAUGGAAAUUGCGACAUUCUAAAGGUUACUGCACUUUAUUUUCUUUUUCUUUUUUUAAUUUAGAAAUAACUCGCAAAAUAUCCCAGCCACAAAACCCGGAACAUUCUGCCAUACAUCCUCUGAGCCCGCACGUGUAAAGAAAAACAUGUAAUGUGAAUAUUUUGUCUUUCUUCUGUUUGCUUUUCAGCUUUUUUGAAUGUACAAUCUCUUUAACAAGGUGUGCAGAGUCAGACCUGUUUUGCAGUAAAAUUAAAGAUGUGCUCACGAAAAA